GAGCGCACUGGCACGUACUCGCUCCCCGUCUCAGAUCAUCCCGUGUUGUCUUCAUGCGCAUUGCCUGACGUACCGGUGAACGAUGCAGGUGUGCGCCGUGAUAGUCCUCGUCUCCAGCUCGGUUCUGCUUCUGCUGCUCCAGGGAUGCUGCGCCGCGGCGAAGGACUGGAAAGUAUUGAACAACGAUGCCACGGAGAACUUACCGGAGUACAGAGGCAAUGCCAACGCGCGGACGCAACAGCAAGUGAUGGCGAGGGCGUCCAACAGCGGCAACCACAACCACACUUUGAAUAACAGGGCGAAGAACGGAGGAAGGGCAGCUAAUACGAUUUCAUAUAGUGCCUCUGAGCUGAGCUGCAGAGAGCUGCGUUCCACUCGCUACAUCACGGACGGAUCCUGCCGCAGUGCCAAGCCCGUCCGGGAGCUGGUGUGCUCGGGACAGUGCAUGCCCAGCCACCUCCUCCCCAACUCCAUCACGAGGGGCAAAUGGUGGAGGAACAACGGCUCCGAGUACCGCUGCAUCCCGGCGCAUUCCCGGACGAAGAGGGUCCAGCUCCAGUGUCCCAACGGAAACACUCGGACUUAUAAAAUCCGCGUGGUGACAUCUUGCAAGUGUAAGCGCUUCAGGCCCCACCACAACCAGUCGGAGGCCAAGGAGGUGCCCAAAACGCAGAGGAACAGGAAGCACGGUCGGUUGUCCCAGGAUAGGAACAAAAACAAUACGCCUCUCAUAGACAACAUGUACUGA